UUGAGCCCGGGCCUUAAAUGACACCAAUUGGUGAAGCCAGGAAGCAUGACAGAACUUUGAUAUCGUAUACGGAUUAAAAAGUAGCACAAAAAAUACUUGCAAUGAGAGGUGGAAAAUGUGGCCAAUUUCGGUUGCAGUCUUGACAAUGUUCGAAUUCAGCUGUUCAGCAAGGUCAAAGGUAUUCAGCUGCCUGAAGUAGUCAACGUAACAACUCGAAUUCAUUGAUGGUGUUGGGGAGGCUUUUUCUCCUGAUGGCAUCUCGGAAACGAAAUGACAACGUACAUGUAGUCAACGGAUGAAGAGCGAACGGAUUGGGCGUAUUCAACAGGAUUAACGAAACAUAGGGUCCAAUGAUGGGCAAUCGAUGUUCAACGCAGAACAGAUUCAUGGACGAAAUAUUCGUGUCCACAGUAUGAAAGGAGGAGUAAAUGGAUGUUAAAAGGAGUACGCCAACAAAGCCUUGACGAAUUUCUCGUCACGACAGUGGAUAUAGAGUAGUCUAGUAUGAUUCUAAAACGCAGCAGUUGUACAAGUCCUUCCAGACCACAAACAAACAAGGUUUAGCAUGAACGGUACACAAACAUUGGGAAUAUUCAGUGUUGAUACAAUAUGCUUGGAUAUUUCAAAUCAUGUUGUGUUACCUUGAUUUACUACUGGCUAUUGAUGGAUCCUUUUUCAACCAAUCAGGAUUCAUAACGAUGGAAGUUUAAUAAAGGACAAGUUAUUGGGCUAUACCGAACUGAAUUCGUCUUGUUAUUGCAAGAUGGCGUAGUCACAUUGACUACUACGCUGCCAUUCAAAUUGCCCGGAGUAAAUCCUACGAUAAACGAACUUGUUCACUUUUUGGCAUGGAAGUCAUUACGUUUCUAGUUUUUGCGUUCAACUGGUUCGGAUUCAGUUCGAGUCGCAUACCUGAUGUGUCUGGGUACUACCCUGAUAUCUCAGGGGGUGUGGAGUUUGAAGAAGGAGACGUCAUCAUAAGUGGGCUCUUUGACUUGCACAGGUAUGACGAAAGAAAUGCCUGUGGGUCACAGGUGGAUAUCUCGGGAACCUAUCGGGCGUUGGCGUUCAAAUACGCUGUUGAUGAAAUCAACAAACGACAUGACAUUCUCCCCAGAGAGAAAUUGGGUUACGUGUUUCUAGACUGCUGUAAGAAGGGCACAACAUCUUUGGCUCGCAGCCUCUACACAGUUCCAGACAAACGAUGGACGAAAUCGUGUCCGGCUAGUAAACAAAACCAGAGCUGCCUCGGUGGGUUUGACUACUUCCCAAUCGUAGGCAGCAUCGGCCCGCAGAGCAGUCUCAUUGCCAGGCUAACCACAUCAGUCCUUGGAUUAUUUAACAUCCCCCAGAUCAGCAAUUACGUCACUAGUGAUGAGUUCUCAUCACGUGAUAAGUACCCGUAUUUCCUGCGGACAGUACCACCUGAUUGGUUCCAAGUCGUAGCAAUGAAAAGCCUGUUUGAGAAAUUCGGUUGGAAGUACAUAUCUGCGAUAUACGAAGAUGGGUUUUAUGGACGAGCUGCCAUCAAGAACCUAGAUAGAGCGUUGGGGGAGAUAGGCGCCUGUUUUGGGAUUAAUGAGAUGGUGGACCACGCCACAACAACAUCACAAUGGAAUCAAAUCGUUGAUAAAAUCGUUGACCACGAAAAGGCCAAGGUCAUUGUCUUGUUUCUGUACAGCAAACCGACAAUGACCUUCAUACAAGCUUUACGGAGGAGGAAUCUGCAGGAUGAGUUCAUUAUCAUUGCAUCUGAUUCCAUCUCGGUGCUAACCUCAACGCCCAAAUAUAUGGACAUCUUACCAGAAGGGAUGAUGGGGGUAGCCAUUUCUGGAAAACCAGUUCCCGACUUCAAUGACUACUUCAAGUCCUUUAACACAGCUGCGGCUAACAAAACAUUCAUACUGCGCGACUUCUGGGAGCAAGUCUUCAACUGUUCCUUGUCUUACGAUGCACCAAAUAUCUGCCAUCCUGAUUUAGUUUUCAAUGAUACGGAUAGCUUUUCCUCCGAUCCUCUAGUAGCUGUUGUGAUCGACUCAGUAAACGUGAUGGCCAGUGGUAUUGAGAAUGUGAUAAAGGAUAAAUGUCCACGGGCUAUGGGACGGGAUAUCAGAAGUUGUAUGACAGGGUCAGAUUUGAUGUAUAAACUUCGGAAUAUCUCGUAUAAGGGCCACACAGGUCAGAUAGAAUUCAAUGAACACGGAGACCUGAUGGGUCGUUACGAUAUCUUAAACAUUCAGAGGACUGGUGGAAAGGUUAAAGCAGAGCUCGUAGCAAUAUAUGACAUUAAAACGGAAAGGUUGCAAUUGACUAGUACAGAGAUACGCUGGCCUAUGAAUUUGAAUGAGACCCCGAUACCGGAGUCACUAUGCAGCAAGCCCUGCCUUCCAGGGCAUCAGAAGAUACAGCGGGAUGUCCAAUGCUGUUGGGAGUGUAGACCAUGCAGGGAAAAUGAAUUCACAGUGGACAACCGCAGUAAAUGUGUCCCUUGUACAGAAUUGUACUGGCCCGACCAAGAGACCGUCACAACGUGUAUAGAGAUAGAACCCGUGGUGUUAGAAUGGGGUGAUGUCGAGAGCAUCGUAGUAAUGGCACUGACUGCAGUAGGGCUAGUGCUGACUCUAGUCAUAUUCGUUCUUUUCACUAAGUACAGAGACUCCAAGUUGAUCAAGGCGGCCAGUAUUGAACUCAUGUACAUGAUCCUGUGGGCAAUCUUCUGGUCCCUGCUCAUGGUCUUUUCAUUCCUCAGUCGUCCCGAUGAUAUCUCGUGCUAUGCAAACUUCUUCGGCUUCAAUGUGAGCUUCGCCUCUUCUUACGCUCCAUUACUGGUGAAAGCGAGGAGAAUCUUCGCCAUCUUUGCCUCAGGAAAGAAGACUACGAAAGCGCCCCCUAUGAUCAGCUCGCAGAGUCAGGUUGUCUUGUGUCUUCUUUUAAUACUAGUACAGAUUCUAAUCUGCGUGACCAUUGCCCUGGUCGACAAGCCAUUCCCUCAGAAACUCAUGCCAGUGGCGACAAUCAAGAUGGUGGAACUGGGCUGCCACGCUUCGACUUUGAUCAUCCUCGUCCCCCUUAGCUAUAACCUCAUCCUGUUGAUAGCCUGUGCCAUCUAUGCCUUCAAAAGCAGAGGAAUUCCUGCAAACUUCAACGAGACCCGUUUCAUCAGCUUCAGUGUUUACACGACGUUGAUUCUGUGGAUGGCGCUGCUUCCAACAUACUACACAGCUAACAAUGAACGAUUCAAAACAAUCUAUUUGACCCUGGCGAUGAUAAUACAUGCCUAUCUUAUACAAAUGUCUUUAUUUUUACCUAAGUUGUAUGCAGUGAUGUAUCUGAAAGAGGACGAGAUACUUGUUCAAGGAAUACAGGGCAGAAGUGGCAGCAACUCGGACAAUGGGCCUUCCAUUGCAAGGAUGCGUACGCAGAGUGAUGCAACUGUGCAGAGAUACUGCCUCAAAAACAUUCCACAAAGUUAAUCGACCACAGGGACUGGCAUUUACCAAGAGAUCUUGUAUGUUCUUGGAUGCACAAUUCCUUUUCGAUAUUCGGAGAAAAACGGCAAACUGUUUCCAAAACAUUUUGUAACAUUUUCCAGUAUAUUUGGAAGUGUCAAUGACAUACUGUAGAAAUUGCAUUAGGUGGCCGCCACAUGAAAUAAAAAGGGCUAUAUUUGCAUCAAGACAUGAUCAGGCAAAAUCCAUUCAAAUGAAGCUGGAAUACAGGGGGAGAGGAUUCUAUUACUCUGCGCUGUUAAUCUCUGGUAAAGAGGUCAUAGAACUACACGGUCAUAGACAUAACAGCUAAUUGUACACAACUGACAAGGCUUGAACUUUCUUAUUUCGUGGGGCGGCCACUUCGUGCAAUUUCUACAGUUAAAAUUUACUAUGCGCCGAUAAGGCAGAUCAGAGAGUAAAAUAUUCAAGAGAAGUGGGCAGAUCUGAAUUCAUCUACAAUAUGACAUUUGCUGAUUACCCAAGAAUCUCAUUUCAGUUGAGAAGUGCGGUGAAAAAUAUCACACUCCGUAUAUGCAAGUAUUGAAAAGCGUGACAUUUUCCAUUGCCUCGCACUGUGGAUAUUUGUCAGGUUGCAGAUUAUGAUAUACAAGAUGACAAGGCCUUAAUGGGCUGUGAAUAACCACGAAUAAAGAUGAUUUAUAUGCAUCUUUUAAUAUUCUUAACUCAGACAACAUAACCACGUUAUUCACGCUGGUCAUUUAAUAUAUCUGCUAUGAUAUGUUUCGGGGAAACCCCAACAAGGCUCUCAGCUGAUUGGACAAACGAGAGAAAAGUAUUUGGCAUUUUUUUAUUAUCUUUCCCGUCAUUAGUCGGUUACCUCUUCCUGUUCCAAGACUGUAUGACCUCCUUUCAAACAUAUGAAUAUUAAACACAGGACUACUUGGAAAUUUAUCGGUCUGACCUCUGCAGAAAUAAAUAAAAGGCCACGCAAAAAGAA